CUGUGCAAUUGUGGCACAGUGAGCGAUUGUAUUACUGCUUUACUCUAGUUCACCAAACUAUACAGCACAUAUUACAAGAGACGAACCUUAUCAAUGGGAAAUUACAAAUCAAGACCAUCUCAGACGUGUACAGACGAGUGGAAGAAGAAGGUGGGCGAGUCGUACUCUGUGAUCGUCGACAAGCUGGAAGACGACCUGAAGCUGAAAGACAGCGAGCUCGUGGACCUCAAACUUGCUUUCGGCUCCGAUGAGGCUUUUCAGAAGGUGAACUUGAGCUACCGAACAGAGAAGGGGCUGUCGCUGCUGCAUCUCUGCUGCGUGUGUGGAGGGAGCAAGGCCCACAUCCGCACUCUGAUGGUUAAAGGCCUGCGUCCUUCCAGGCUGUCCAGGAAUGGCUUCACCGCUCUCCACCUGGCUGCUUACAAGGACAACGCUGAGCUGGUGACGGCUCUUCUUCAUGGAGGGUCGGACGUACAGCAGGUGGGAUACGGUGCCCUCACCGCCCUGCAUGUCGCUACACUGGCUGGACAUCAUGAGGCAGCAGAUAUUCUCCUACAACAUGGGGCUUAUGUGAAUGUCCAAGAUGCUGUGUUUUUCACCCCACUGCACAUUGCUUGCUACAAUGGCCAUAAGCAGGUGGCAAAGCUGCUGCUGAAGUUUGGGGCAGAUGUGAAUGCGAGUGGUGAGGUGGGUGACCGGCCGCUGCACCUGGCUGCAGCCAAGGGUUUCCUCAGCAUCAUCAAACUGCUAAUGGGGGAAGGGAGCAAAGCUAAUGUUAAUGCUCAGGACAACGAAGAUCAUGUUCCUCUGCACUUCUGCGCUCGCUUUGGUCACCAUGAGAUUGUGCGUUUCCUUCUGCAGGGCAACUUUGACGUACAGCCUCACUCUGUCAACAUCUACGGCGACACACCUUUACACUUGGCCUGCUAUAAUGGCAAAUUUGCAGCAGUGAAGGAGAUUGUGCAACUUUCUGGUACAGAAAGUCUUUUAAAGGAGAACAUAUUCAGUGAGACAGUACUUCACAGUGCAUGCACCUACGGUAAAGACCUGGAGAUGGUGAAGUUCUUGCUGAGUCAUAAUGCUAUGAGCAUCAACCAUCAGGGCAGAGAUGGACACACAGCUCUGCAUAGUGCCUGUUUCCACGGCCAUAUCCGUCUGGUGCAGCUCUUGCUGGACAGCGGCGCAGACAUGAACCUGGUGGCCUGCGACCCGAGCAGGUCCAGUGGGGAGAAGGACGAGCAGACCUGCCUGAUGUGGGCUUAUGAAAAAGGUCAUGAUGCCAUUGUCACCUUACUGAAACACUACAAACGCCCAGAUGACUCCCCCUGCAAUGAGUACUCCCAGCCAGGAGGGGAUGGGUCCUACGUUUCUGUCCCGUCUCCUCUGGGAAAGAUCAAAAGCAUGACUAAAGAGAAAGCAGAGGUUCUCCUGCUCAGGGCCAGCCUCCCAUCUCAUUUCCACCUUCAGCUGUCUGAGCUGGAGUUUAAUGAAAUUAUUGGAUCAGGCUCCUUUGGACGGGUGUACAGAGGCAAAUGCCGAAACAAAAUUGUCGCCAUCAAACGCUAUCGAGCCAACACAUACUGCUCUAAGUCAGACGUGGACAUGUUCUGCAGAGAGGUCUCCAUCCUCUGUCGCCUCAAUCACCCGUGUAUCAUCCAUUUUGUGGGGGCGUGUCUGGACGACCCCAGCCAGUUUGCCAUCGUCACCCAGUACGUCUCCGGAGGCUCGCUGUUCUCCCUGCUGCACGAGCAGAAGAGGCUUAUCGACCUGCAGUCCAAGCUCAUCAUUGCCAUCGACGUGGCCAAGGGCAUGGAGUACCUGCACAACCUCACCCAGCCUAUCAUCCACAGGGACCUCAACAGUCAUAAUAUUCUGCUUUAUGAGGAUGGACAUGCUGUGGUGGCUGAUUUUGGAGAAUCUAGAUUUCUACAAUCUGUGGACGAGGAUAACAUGACCAAGCAGCCAGGGAACCUGCGCUGGAUGGCUCCCGAGGUGUUCACCCAGUGUACUCGCUACUCAGUGAAGGCGGACAUGUUCAGCUACGCCCUCUGUCUGUGGGAGCUGCUUACCGGAGAAAUUCCCUUCGCUCACUUAAAACCUGCCGCUGCAGCAGCAGACAUGGCGUACCAUCACAUCCGGCCUCCUAUUGGCUACUCCAUCCCCAAACCCAUCUCUGCUCUUCUGAUGAGAGGCUGGAACGCAUGCCCAGAGGAUAGGCCUGAGUUCUCUGAAGUGGUUUCCAACCUCGAAGAAUGCUUGUGCAAUGUUGAGCUGAUGUCUCCAGCUUCCAGCAACAGUAGCGGCUCCCUGUCACCCUCCUCCUCCUCUGACUGUCUGCUCGGGCGAGGAGGACCCGGCCGGAGCCACGUGGCUGCCCUUCGUUCUCGUUUUGAGCUUGAGUACGCUCUCAACACUCGUGCCUACGCCUGCUGGACACAAAGUGAGCAACGGCGAGCAUCUGGAGGCCUUUCACUGGAGGAACUAAGAAGGAACAUGCAGUUCUCUCCCAUUGAUCGAAAUGGGUACGUGUCUGAUCCCAUGAGCACCAUGAGAUUCUGCUCUUCCCUCAGCAGCAGCGGCAGCUUCGAGGACAGUAACUAACCCUGCUAAAAACACCCAGCGCUCAUCAUGACCGUAUUAAUUCAGACAUUCAUCAAUAUUUCUGAGUAUUUAUUUUAAGUAAAACUGUAUAAACUGAUGGCAGGAAUAGAAGAUAUUGCUGACUAAUUGCUAACUAAACUAUUUGGUUAUAACAUAUUGUAUGUUUUACAUUACCAGUACCCAGUACCUCCAGUACUGUGUUAUUUACAGUUACAUUUUUUUUUAAAUAUUUAGUUGAGGCUUUUCGUUUUUGUAAAUAAUUUUGUUUUUGUGU